CUUUCAUCUCCCCGCGCCUGGCGCCUACCCGCAGCCCUGGCCCGUCUACAGCCCCUCCUCGGCCCCUCCCCCGCCUCCUCCUAGGCUCGAGAUGCCGCGAUCAGCCCUUGGGGUUACCAGCGCCGAGGGCGGGGGAGGGAGGGCUCCAGCCUCUCCGGUAGGAGCCAAUCGAAGGCGAGCGUGUGUGGCGUCAGCACUAGACCCGGCGCCGAUUGGCCGAGCCGAGUCUCCCACUUCCCCUUGGAGGACAGGCUGGCUCCCAGCGCGCCCCUGCUAUCUCCCCCCCAAAAAAGUUUGAGUCGUCGCUACCGAGUUGCCAGCGGAGUAGCGCGCGGAGAGCUACACGGGGCAGAGAAGUCAUGGCUUCUCCGUCCAAAGGCAAUGACUUGUUUUCGUCCGACGAGGAGGGCCCGGCGGUGGUGGCCGGCCCCGGCCCAGGGCUUGGGGGCGCCGACGCGGCGUCGGAGGAGCGGCGCGUCAAGGUCUCCAGCCUGCCCUUCAGCGUGGAGGCGCUUAUGUCCGACAAGAAGCCGCCCAAGGAAGCGUCCGUGAUGCCUCCCGAAAGCGCCUCGGCCGGGGCUGCGCUACGGCCGCUGCUGCUGCCCGGACACGGCGUCCGGGAAGGGCACAGUCCCGGGCCUCUGGUCAAGCCCUUCGAGACCGCCUCGGUCAAGUCGGAAAAUUCCGAAGACGGAACGACGUGGAUGCAGGAACCCGGCAGAUACUCCCCGCCGCCAAGACACAUGAGCCCCACCACCUGCACCCUGAGGAAACACAAGACCAAUCGGAAGCCACGCACCCCCUUCACCACAUCCCAGCUUCUAGCCCUGGAGCGCAAGUUCCGCCAGAAACAGUACCUCUCCAUUGCAGAGCGGGCGGAGUUCUCCAGCUCUCUGAACCUUACAGAAACCCAGGUCAAAAUCUGGUUCCAGAACCGAAGGGCCAAGGCCAAAAGACUGCAGGAGGCAGAACUGGAGAAGCUGAAAAUGGCUGCCAAACCUAUGCUACCCUCAGGCUUCAGUCUUCCCUUCCCUAUCAACUCACCUCUGCAGGCAGCAUCCAUAUAUGGAGCAUCCUACCCUUUCCAUAGACCUGUGCUUCCCAUCCCACCUGUUGGACUCUAUGCCACACCAGUUGGAUAUGGCAUGUACCAUCUAUCCUAAAGCAGACUAAAUGAACAGACUCUACUCCAGGAUGGAUGUUUGCAUAAAAGGGCUCCCCUCCCUCUCCAAGAAGGUGAUGCCAGUCCAUGCUCCUGAAUGCAAACCUUACAUUCGUCUCCCGAAGCAACGGGCCCACAGGGCCGCUUGAUACAAAGUGAAUUUGUUCUUUAGGUGAGAGGCACCAAGAUCCAUUUUGUUGUGGUACUCUUCCAAAUGCCCCCUUAUCCUCUCACAAAUAUUGGCUUUGCUAGUUUUUAUGUAUAAAUAUAUAUAAUAAAAUAUAAGACAUUUUUAUAUGCCAGACGUAAAAAUUCAAAUUAUUUUGAAAGGCAAAGUUUAUUUACAUUUAUCCAUGUUUCUAUGUAUCAGCUUAUGAUACUGUGUUAGGUCCAUCUGCUACAUUUUCUUAAAGGGAGCGCAGUUAUUUACAGAGGUUGUUAAAAUAUGGUAGGAUGGUAACUUGCUUACAGAAGACAUACUAGAAUUAGACACAGUGCACACAGGAAGUAGAUGCAGAUAGAUUCUUCCAAGUGGAGGGGCUAUGUAAUACAUUUGAAUUUUAUGUAAUACGUUUGAAUUUUAUGUGCAUGGAGAAAUCUCUUUUGGGAUACUACCAUAUUUGAUCCUAUUUUUUUCCUCCCUUUCUCUGUAUUAUCAAAGUUUUAUCUUUUUUUUUUAAUUUUUUUUUUUUUAAGAUCAGUAACAGGAAGAUAUAAGAAAAGCCCAGAGAAUACCUCAGGGUGAGGGAGAAAACAGAAAAGUGCCCUGGUUUCUGCCAAGGCUAUCUCUGCUUGACUCCAUUUCAGUCAGUUGGGAGAAUUAAGAAGAUAAAACAUGUCAGGAAGAAUUAUUUCUGUGAAAUGCUGGGAACAUCGGUCCUCACAUGUUACAAAGGUGAUUGGCAGGGGGUUGGAGGGGAUAAUUUUCUGCUUAAAAAAAUGAAUAUCUUGUAACUAUUACCUAUAUUUUAAAUAUUCUUCAACAAUUGAUAGAAUCAGGAAGGAAAAAUCUUGCUUUCUUUGUGUGUGCUUAUUGUAUGUG